UUGCGCAAGCAGCACAAACACAAGCGCAUGCCUUCAAGAUGCGCCGCAGACGACGAGCCUAAUGAGCUUGCCAACGACGCCGAGGAAACCCCCAAACCAAAACGCGGAAGACCUCCCAAGAACAAAUCACCAGAGCAAGCGUCUGGAACCGAGCCAUCUCCUCCCGCAGGUGAAUCGAAACUCAAGAAACGGGGCAGGCCGCGCCGUGAAGAGGUCGAUGGGGAUACGAACGAGGAAGAUGCCGAGCCUGCACGGCCGAAGAGACGGAACAAAGAGCCCGUAGUGACCAACGAAGACCAUGCAGAACAGAGCUCUCCUUCUACAGAGCAGCCGAGACCGAGCAAAGCCAACCGGAGAGCGGCCAAGAAGUUGAACGAGGCCCAAGCUGGAGAGGCAGAUGCUGAAGAGGCAAGUGCUGCCAAUGCUGGGAAGAAAAAGCGUGGACGUCCAGCCAAGGUGGUCGAAGAACAACCCGAGGAGGAACCGGAGCCGGAGACAGCCCCCAAGAAGAAACGUGGCCGGCCUUCUUUGAACAAGGAGGCUUUAGCAGAAGAACAAGACGCAACUCAAGAGGAGUCAAUACCCAAGAAGCGGGGCAGGAAGCCAAAGGACAAGCUUCCCGAGACAGAAGAACCCGCGGUUGAAGAACAAGAAGAAACUCGAGAGGAGUCGGUACCUAAGAAACGAGGCAGGAAACCAAAGGAGAAAGCUGUAGAGACUGAAGAGCCCACAGCGGAAGAGGAGGAGGCCACCGAAACGGUUCCCAACCGGAAACGCGGUCGACCAGCAGCGGAGGUACAGGACCAGCCUUCUCCCGAAAGAGAGGCACCUGCCAAGAAAAAGCGUGGCCGUCCCUCCCUCCAAUCACAGGAGGACAGCCAGGAGACCUCACAUGCAGAGCCAAAGGAGCCUCGCAGACGGAAACCUGGACAACCUUCCCCGGCCGAGGACCCAUCAGCAGACAAGCCAACUAAGAGACGGCGGAAGAGGCCGUCCCAAGGCGAGGAGCAAGAGGAACCUUCGCCAGACUCAGAACGCCGUCGUCGAGGCCGUCCACGCAAAUCAGACACUCCCCAGAGUCCAGAAGAGCAAGCCUCGAAACCGCGCAAGUCCAAGAAACGCUCCACGGGAGAUGCCCUGGAGCAACAGCCCAACAACUCAGAAGAGCAGGCCUCGAAACCACGAAAAUCCAAGAAACGCCCCUCAGAGGAUGCGUCAGAAGAACAGCCCAAGAAAGGCCGUCGGCGGAAUUCCGGUGAUCGGGAGCAGCAGCAACAGGAACCUCCUACCCCCAAAUCUCGUCUCCCAACACUAAAACACCACCACAUCACGACCCGCAUGCGCCAUAUCUCACGUUCCACCAUGGAGGAGAAGUGGUCUCCUCUAGCCCCUUCCUCUUUAUCCCUCAUCUCCAACAUCCUCCACGUCGCCGAGCGGCCAGUCCUCCAGCGCCUGAAAGAUAACGACAAGCGCCGUGAAUCGGCCGCUUCUGUCAUGCGCGGUAUAACAAACCGUCUGAACAGGAAGUUAUCCCGAGGCAUGCCCUUUCCCCCGGCCUCCGUACCACCACGCGCCGGCGCCAGCGCCGCGAAGAAGCAGAACGAAGACAACGGCCGGCUGGAGGAGUUCGACUUCGAACGGAUCGUGGACAGCAUCGCCUCUCUCGAGCGCCAGCUCGAUCCGGCGAUCCACGCCGUCGAGCUACUGAAGAAAGAAAAAGAGCUCGCGGAGAAGGCGUUGGAAGAGGAAUACGAGUCGCUCAAGAAGCUGGAGGCCAAUGCCAAGUCCGAGGCCAGACACUUCAAAGACAACCUCCGCAAGACUCACGUCCUCAUUCCCGAGCAUGUGAACGACGGGUCCCGACGCGACGGUGACUUUAAGUUCGUCCCCGGCGAAAACGUGGGCGGUACCCUCUUCAAGGAUCUCGAGGACGAAGAGCUGCGCGGGCUGGCGGGCCAGGUCGGCAGUCACAUGGAGAGCAUGCGUAACAAUCUCCAGCAGAUUGAAGGUGUUGUCCCGCAAAUCGGAAAAAGCAGAGCUGCGCUGCAAGAUGUCCUGUUUAAGCACUUGGACCAGCAGAGCUACGAAAACGUCUUGUUUGGUUGA